AUGGCUUUGUAUGUUACUGAGUAUGUUUUAGACUUUUUUAAUAAAAGAACUGAUAAUCAACCUUUCAUACAAAAGUAUGCGACUACAGUUUUUAAACUUAUAAAUACUUUCAUAUUUUCAUUACUGUUAAUUAACUUUUUAUUUAAUUGUAAAAAUACAGAGAAGGUUUACAUUUACUACUUUAAUAUUCUAUUUGCAGUUGAUAUUAUUAAUUGUUCUAUUAGUAAUAGUUACUUAUUUAAACAUAAUUUAAUCUAUUUAUGUGUUAUAGUUGUAUUUAGUUUCAUUUUAUAUAGUUUCGAAAAUUACUUCUGUUUAAUUAGUGUUGUACCGUUGAUAGUUAAUGUUAUAAGUAUUUUGAAUCUUAUUAAAGAUGAAAGUGAUUCUAAAACCAACAAAAUGUCUAUAAUAAGCAGUCUAAUAUGUUCAAUAAGUAUUUUGAUUGUUAUGUUUAUAUUUUUAUCUCCAACUGAAUUCUCAUUUAAUAUUUGCGUUAAAGAAAAAUACCUUCCGAGAUAUUUUAUUGAACUUUUAAUGAAAAAUUUAUAA